UCCAUCGUAAGCUGUGUCCUCUUCUUCUCACCUUUCUCACACCUCAGCUCUCGAUUCAUUCACCUCCUUGUACCAUCCUAUCUACGCAAGACCUACCUCCGUAGAAUGGACGGCCAGAUCCUCGCUGCUUCUGAGAAGCACCCUAUUGUGCCCAACCAUACUUACAAGUAUGGCACUGCGGGGUUCCGCAUGAAGGCUGACCUUCUCGAUGGCGUCGCCUUCCGUGUCGGCCUCCUGUCGGGCCUGCGCAGCCGCAAGCUCAAUGGCCAGGCCAUUGGCGUUAUGAUCACCGCCAGCCACAACCCGGCCGUUGACAACGGUGUCAAGAUUGUCGACCCCAUGGGCGAGAUGCUUGAGCAGGAGUGGGAAGCCUACGCUACCCGUCUUGUCAACUGCCCCUCCGACCAGGAGCUCCUCGACACCUACAAGGCCCUCGCUGAGCAGCUCAAGAUCGAUCUCUCUGCCCCUGGCCGCGUUGUCUACGGUCGUGAUACCCGUCCCUCGGGCCACUCCCUCGUCGCUGCCCUCGCCGAUGCCUUCGAGGCCACCUCGACCGAGUACACCGACUACAAGAUCCUCACCACCCCCCAGCUUCACUACCUGACCCGCUGCAUCAACACCGAGGGCACUCCCAAGGCCUACGGAAAGGUCAGCGAGGCCGGUUACUACGAGAAGCUCUCCGAGGCCUUUGUCCGCGCUCUUCGCGGCAAGAAGCUCCAGGGCCAGCUCAUUGUCGACUGCGCCAAUGGCGUCGGAGGCCCCAAGCUUACGGAGCUGCUCAAGGUCAUUCCCCACGACGUGACCGGCUCCGAUAUCAAGGUCGUCAAUGACGAUGUGCUUCGCCCUGAGGUUCUCAACCUCGAUGCCGGUGCCGACUACGUCAAGACCAAGCAGCGAGCUCCUCCCAGCCCCAAGCCUAUCCCUGGUGUCCGUUGCUGCUCCCUCGAUGGCGAUGCCGACCGUCUGAUCUACUACUGGAUCGACCCUGACACUGGCUUCUUCAUGCUCGACGGCGACCGUAUCUCGUCCCUCAACGCCUCCUUCAUUGGCGACCUCGUCCGCUCUGCUGGCCUUGCUGAUGACCUCCGCAUCGGCGUCGUCCAGACCGCCUACGCCAACGGUGCUAGCACCAACUACAUCGAGAAGCACCUUCAGCUCCCUGUGGUCUGCACCCCCACCGGCGUUAAGCACCUGCACCACGUCGCCUGCCAGUUCGACGUCGGCGUCUACUUUGAGGCUAACGGCCACGGCACCGUUGUCUUUUCCCAGGAGGCCAUCCGCGCUUUCCGCGAGACAGAGCCCCAGUCACCUGCUCAGAAGGAUGCGCUUGAGACGCUGGCGGCUGUCAGCGACCUCAUCAACCAGACGGUCGGCGACGCCAUCUCGGACAUGCUCAUGGUGGAGGUCAUUCUCGCUCACAAGGGAUGGACUCUUAAGGACUGGGCCAUGACCUACACUGACCUCCCCAACCGUCUCGUCCGCGUCGAGGUCGGCAACAAGGACCUCUUCCAGACCACGGAUGCCGAGCGCAAACUCAGCCAGCCCGCCGGUGCCCAGGAUGAGAUUGACCAGUGUGUUAGGAAGUACACCAAUGCCCGUUCCUUUGCCCGCGCCAGUGGCACUGAGAAUGCAUGCCGUGUGUACGCCGAGGCUGCCACCCGCUCCGAGGCUGACGAGCUCGCCAACAAGGUUGCUCAGAUUGUGAAGCAGUUUGGCUCUUGA